AUGGUCUCCCUGCAGGAUCGUUCGGACAACAGUCACUUUUGCGGUGGUUCGAUUUUUUCAGAUUCCUAUAUUCUCACAGCAGCUCAUUGUGUUGAUGAUAAAACGCCAGGUAAUAUACUGAUUGUGGCUGGUGUACAUAAUAGGUCUGAUCCACACGGUGUAAGUCGUGAAGUGGAUCGUAUCUAUAUUCAUCCGGAUUGGUCAUCAUUCUCAAGUGAACGUCGACAUGAUAUUGCAAUAUUGCAUUUAUCACAACCACUUGAACUUGCCUCAAAUCCAUUGUUAACACGAACUUGUGUGCCAAAUAUUCAGUUACCAACCAAUAUUGAAAGUUAUCCGAGCAAUGGUACACGUUUAGCCGCAAUUGGCUGGGGUAAUAUAAGACACAGCUGGCUUGAUAAUUCACCUGACAAUCUUCAUCAAGUUCAAGUAUUCACGAUUGAUAACAGUGAUCCAAUUUGUAACAAAUCACUCUAUGAUACACAAGUACAAUUUUGUGCUGCACUCUACGAAGGUGGCAAAGAUACUUGUCAAGGUGAUUCUGGUGGACCAAUCUUACAAUGGCUUGGCGAUCGAUGGGAACAGGUUGGUAUUACAAGUUUUGGUAAAGGAUGUGCCUUGGAAGGCGAUCCCGGUAUUUAUACACGAUUAGCUGCCUAUCACGAAUGGAUUGUAUCUGUUCUAAACGAUGUCAUUUUCCCGGAAGUGACAGAUACUACGACCGAUACAACUUCUGUAAUGACUGGAGAACCUACAGAAAUAUAUGAUUGUUAUGCAACAACAUCGACAUGUGGGUGCAGCUGGAAUAAUGUGCAAAUCAGUCCAUCGCGUAUUAUCAAUGGUGAAGAAGCAAUUCAUAACAGUUGGACUAUGGUAGUUUCAAUUCGUCUAAAUACUUCUCCCCAUCAUUAUUGUGGCGGUACAAUCGUCAAUGAUUCUUAUAUUCUUACAGCGGCACAUUGUGUAGAUGGUUUAUUUCCAUCAAAUCUAUCCGUUAGAGCUGGUGUAUAUAAUCACUCAAGUACAAUGGGAUAUGAUCGUCGAGUCGAUCGUAUUGUGAUUCAUCCAAAUUGGAUUGCAUCGGAUCGUACCUAUCGAAAUGAUAUUGCUCUAUUGCACAUUUAUCCACCACUGAUGCUUGACGGUUGGAUAAAUUUGGCUCAAACAUGUGUACCAAAAUUGAAUUCAUCAGUCAACAUAGUUAAUUAUCCAUUGGCUGGUACACGUUUGGCUAUUGUCGGAUGGGGUUCAAUGCGAACAGAAACAAUUAUGUUACCGGAUAAUCUUCGACAAGCACGUGUAUUUGCUAUGGAUAAUGACGAUCUAAUUUGUCAACGAUCAAUUCAUGAUGCCAGACAACAAUUUUGUACUGAUUCGUUCAAUCGAAGUAAAGGUCCAAGUCAUGGCGAUUCUGGUGGCCCAAUUAUGGAAUGGAAAGGCAAUCAUUGGGAACAGGUAGGCAUCAUUAGCUAUAGUGGUUGUCCAGAGGAAGGUCGUCCGGCGAUUUAUACACGACUUGCCUACUAUUCUGAUUGGAUUGAAUCUGUAGUCCAUGGAUGGUCGAAUACAUCCACACCAUUACCAACUGUUGUCUAUCGAUGUGAUCGAACAUCGACAUGUGGUUGUGGUCAAAAUGAUGUUACUCUGUUAUCAUCUCGGAUUGUUGGCGGUGAAGAUGCUGUCGAAGCUAGUUGGUCAAUGAUGGUUUCACUUCGUUUUCCUGGAACAGUUCAUCAAUGUGGUGGAACACUUCUAUCUGAAUCAUUCAUUCUCACUGCUGCUCAUUGCGUUGUUGGGUUGUCAAUCGAUAGCAUCAUGAACGUCACUGUUGCCGUUGGCAUGACAAAUCGAUCUGAUCCAAGACAAAUCAUACGAGAGAUCGAUCAUAUCUACGUACAUCCAAAUUACACAAGUCAAAGUCUUGAGUUUCAUCAUGAUAUUGCUCUUUUACAUGUCAAAACUCCAUUCGUCUACACUAAUAAUCAACGAUUGGCCAAAACCUGUAUUCACCGAAUUGAUCCACCUGCAUUGACUAUUCAACAUCCGAGAAAUGGUUCACGUUUGGCCGUAAUUGGGUGGGGUUAUUUGAAAAGUGAAGGUUUCUUUCUACCCGAAAUGCUCAAACAAGUCGAAGUCUAUACAAUUGACAAUAAUCAUCCGACAUGUUUGAACUCUAUUUAUGAUACACAAGUGCAAUUCUGCGCAGGAAUUAUGGAAGGUGGCAAAGAUUCCUGCCAAGGUGAUUCGGGUGGACCGAUUUUUGAAUGGACAGGACGCUAUUGGGAACAAGUAGGGAUUGUCUCGUACGGAAAAGGCUGUGCAGAUGCGGGCUAUCCUGGCAUUUAUACUCGAUUGUCAUACUACUAUCAUUGGAUAAACGAUAUUCUUCAAAAUCAAGACGAACAUUUGGAACCAUUGAAUCAAAUAACGAGACCUCCAAGUACGACGAUAAUCACUACACAACCAAUGACAUUUAGCCGUACACCUUCAACAACUAGCACAAGUAAUGGAAACAAAAAUUAUCAAAAUAUGUUUACUGUUGAAAUAAUUUUUCUCAUUGUGCAUGCUCUUCUGUUAUAUUACAGUGGAUUUUGA